AUGUGGUAUCUAGGCAGUUGGAUCUUUCCUGUACUAUCGGCAUGCAUGUGGCUAGGCAUGCUUCUCGCCAUGUUCAUCCGCUGGGAAGUGAUCGGGCACCCGAUCUACCCAUCGAUGGAAGCCGGGCAAACCAUCGCCUACAUUUCCGACGUCGGGGCCUACGGACUCAAACCACUCUUCAUCACCGGCAGCGUGAUCACGACCGUCUCGCUCGACCUAGCAUUCAUGGCGGAGCGCUGGCUACGACACAAAGGCCGGCUCGUGCCCAACACGUCGUUCGCACAGAAAGUCCUGUCCGUGCUGGCCAUCAUCUGCGCCGUCGCCGGGUCCGCGGGCCUGAUCCUCCUGUCCAUCUUCGACACCUACCACCACCCGCGGCUGCACGACGGAUUCCUGCUCCUAUUCAUCGGCGGCUUCAUCCUGUCGGCGGUGUUCCUGUGCGCCGAGUACCAGCGGCUGGGCAUCCACUACCGGGAGCACCGCAUCCUGCGCAUCAGCUUCUGGGUCAAGCUGGCGUUCAUCCUGAUCGAGAUCGUGCUGGCCGCCGUCUUCGUCGGCACCUCCUUCACCCACCGUCGCAACGUCGCCGCCGUCUUCGAGUGGAUCGUCGCCCUCGUCUUCACCUUCUACGUCCUCAGCUUCCUGCUCGAUCUGCUGCCCAGUGUCCGCAGCAAGAACCACCAGCCCCAGGGCUGGAGACAUACUGCUGACCUGGAGAAGCCGGAAUUCAAUGGCGCUAGCACCAAUGGCCGUGUUCAUGCCCCGCUUGGUGCCGACAGCCAGGGCCCGAAUGCUGAAGAUGGCUAUCGAGGCACAGCACCGACCAAUGGUCCUCGACAACAGCAGCACGAUCUGGGGAGACAGAAGAAGUGGGGUGUUGGCAAAUUCCGCUUCUGA